AUGGCAGUUCUACGGAUCAAAUGUAAUGUUCCAGACACUGUCCUGUGUGAGCCGGGCGCCGCCGUGCGUGUGCUGGGGAUAGGGAGUGGGUCAGGGGAGAUUGACAGCGUCAUAUUAAAGAAGCUUCUACAGCGCCACAACAGUGUGUACAGCAGGGUUGUGGAGCCGUCGGAAGACAUGAUCGGCCGAUACAAGUCACUGGUCCGUGAAGACGCGAGCCUCGGCGCUGUGAAGUUUGACUGGCGCCAGCAGACAGUAGAGGAGUACUUCACGACAGAGGAAGACACCAAGUUCCACCUGAUCCAUGCGAUACACGUUCUGUACUAUGUGGAAGACCUGCACGCAACCUUGCGGAACAUGUGGGAACAGCUAGCAGACGGUGGCUGCUUGUUUGUUGCCAUGCAGUCAGAUAAAAGUGGUUGGGGGAAACUGGGGCACAAGCUGAGCGAGACGUUUGUCCAAGGUGACCAUUUGAAAACGCCAUUUUGUCGUUCCGGUGACGUCAAACAGUGUCUUGACGCCAUGGCCAUCAGUUACGUCACUUCAGAGGAAGAAAGCCACAUCAACGUCACCGAGUGUCUCAAGGAAGACUCAGAGACAGGGUCGCUGCUUCUCGACUUCCUCACUCAAACACCUGACGUGUCCAAUAAACCAGAAAUCAAAUCAGAGGUUCUGGAACAUAUUCGACGUAACUGUUCGGUCAUUGAUGGCAGGGCUCUCCUCCAAUCAAUCAAUGAAAUCAUUAUUGCUUUCAAAAGUGUCUAA